AUGUUAACACAACCACCACAUAGACUCAAUCGAACUAAGGAUGUCAAAUAUGCGUUUACCAGAAUUUUUAACCCUAAUUGGGCUGAUGAUCAACUUUCUUUCAUUAAAGAAAAAGUUGAAAUAUUCAAUUAUUUGAUAACUUUAAAAAAAACUUUUAAAUUCUCACUUUGCUCACGAUGCAAUAGUACUUUAUCUCGAUUAAUCUUAAGAAGCAAAAGUUCUAAACUUGUAACUGAAGUAGAAAUAGAUGAAUCCGAACCUUCUAGUUUACAAGUAUCUCAAGAUAUAGAAGUUUGCGAUCUUACUAUAGCAGAAGAUGAAACAAACUUAUCAGAAACUUUUGAAUCUGAUGAAAGUAAUGAAAUAGAUACUUAUUCUACUGACGAAAAUGUUGAAUAUAAGUUUCAUUAUGGGGUUUUUAUAAAAUUAGAUGGAAAAUUUCAACCUGCUAAGUGGUAUACGAUUAUAGUAUCAGAAGUUGAUGAACUUCUUGCAGAAAUUCAUACUAAUGUAGUCACAUUAACAAAAGAUGAAUCAAUUGAAGCAUGUGAUUAUCAUAUAGCAUUUAAAGGAGAAAAGGCAAAAGGUGCUGGAACUCAAUUAGCCGAUGCUCAAGAUUUUCAAAAAUUCUGUUUAGAUUAUCAAAAACUUUCUACAAAAAACACAAAUAUGGAUAUUUUUAUAAUUAUUAAUUCUCAGAAUUCAAAUAAAACUAAGCGUAAACGAAAAAAUAAUAAUUCUGAAACUGAGAUAGAAGAUAAUUCUACUGAAUCUACAGAAGUGCAUAAAAAUAAAAAUCGAAUUCCAAAUAUUUCUAAUCUUACAUCAGAAGAAACUCAAAUGGCAAAAAAUGUAUUAGAAAUUCAUACUGCUAAUUAUUGUAAUAUACAUAAUCGUGCAUGUUUAAAUAAAGAUAGUGGAAAAGAAACUCUUUCUCAAUCAUAUUCUAGUUCACAUAAUUCUGAACAAGCAUUACAAGUUUCAAAUUUAAUUAUACCAACAAUUGAAGAUUUUUUAAAGCAAGUUGAUGAAAGUGAAGAUACUGGCGAAUAUUAUUAA